AUGCUACGCAAAAAUGCAAAGUGGAAGUGGGGAAUAGAACAGGAAAAGGCGUUCAGGGAACUGAAAACGAAAUUAACGACAACGCCGGUAUUGGCUUGUCCGGACUUCACAAAAAAAUUUGUCAUCCAAACAGACGCCAGUACGGAGGGUCUAGGCGCGGUAUUGACGCAGCGGCUAGACAAUGAAGAACGGGUAAUCGCGUAUGCAAGCCGGACCCUGGACAGGGCGGAACGGAAUUACAGUGCGACCGAACUGGAAUGCCUCGCCGUGGUAUGGGGAAUAAGGCGCCUCCGCGACUACUUGGAGGGAUACAGAUUUACAGUCAUCACAGACCACCAGUCCCUCCGGUGGCUGCAGAAAGUGGAGGCGCCAACAGGGAGAUUAGCUCGAUGGAUCAUCGAGCUACAACAGUACGAUUUUGAGAUUCAAUACCGGCGAGGCAGUCUAAACACGGUCGCGGACGCCCUGUCCAGGCAACCACAAAUAUGUACCAUCACCACCGCAUGCCAAUGGUAUCGAAAAAUAAAAUCCCAGCUGCAGAAAGUGGAGGCGCCAACAGGGAGAUUAGCUCGAUGGAUCAUCGAGCUACAACAGUACGACUUUGAGAUUCAAUACCGGCGAGGCAGUCUAAACACGGUCGCGGACGCUCUGUCCAGGCAACCACAAAUAUAUACCGUCACCACCGCAUGCCAGUGGUAUCGAGAAAUAAAAUCCCAGGUGGCCGAGGAACCAAACACGCGACCAGACUACAAAGUAAUAGAGGGAAAGCUAAUGAGGCACAUACUCCACAACCUCGACUUCAAUGAAACACGAGCAGAGGAACAGUGGAAAGAACACGGCUGCCCGCAUACCAUCAUCUCCGAUAACGGCACCCAACUGAAAUCCCAACAAUUAGCACAAAUGCUCACAGCGCACAAUAUAAAACACCGUACCACCCCCGUCCAUGCACCCCACUGCAACCCAGUAGAGAGGACCAACAGGGUCGUAAAAACAAUGGUGGCACAAUAUGUAGGGCGAGACCACCGAAAAUGGGACGUACACCUGCCGGCCCUACAGUUCGCGUACAACACAGCAGUACAGGAGUCCACAGGCUACUCGCCUGCAUACUUAAACUACGGGCGAGAGAUAGACACCACGCCGGAUAAAACGGACGGAAGGGAAGAACCAGCGUCACGACAAAAAAGGCUUAGAGAAGCGAACGAGCUGCUACGAAUAAACCUGGCUCGAGCGUUCCAGCGACAGGAAAAAUAUUAUAAUUUAAGACGACGAAACUGGAAGCCAAAAACCGACGAAAAAGACCUAAAGCCGCAGAACAACAACAGCGAGGAGGACGACGAAGGCGAUACGAAAAGCAAUAUAUAA